GCGAGUGGGCGUACUGAACUCGCUGAGAGAGAGAAAGGCAGGGUUCGCUCUGGUUCGGCUUCCCAUUCCGGGUUUUCUUCGCCAACCGAGUAGGCGGGGUCCUUUCCGAGCCGCGCCCGAGUCCAGCUCCGGCUCUUACAGGCAGCCUCCCUAACGCUUUCCCUCGCUUGCCUCUCCAGCUGUUUUACGCAUCUGGCCAGCCGCGCCUUCUUCUCCGACUCUCACAAGAGCGGCAUCAGGGACUAGCAGAGCGGCACCGCCAGCACCCACGAGGCUCCCAUGUCCGGCGAAGAGGCGGCCGGGGGCGAUGCAGGCGCCCCCACCACCGGCACCGCUGCUCCACCGGCAGAGCAGCAGCAACAGCAGCAGCAAGAAGCUCGGCCAGCGGGCGGCCGUCAAUACCGGGCGCUGGUGUUGACCGGCUUCGGCGGCUACGACAAAGUCAAGCUGCAAACGCGGCAGCUGCCUCAGGCGGAGCCCAGCCCGGCCUCGGGCCAAGUGAGCGUGCAUGUCCGGGCCUGCGGGCUCAACUUCGCCGACCUGCUGGCCCGCCAGGGGCUCUACGAGAGGCUGCCCCCGCCGCCCGUCAGCCCCGGCAUGGAGGCGGCCGGCACGGUCCUGGCUGUGGGCGAGGGCGUCACCAGCGUAAAGGUUGGUGACAAGGUGAUGGUGAUGGCGAGGUCAGGUCUUUGGCAGGAAAUUGUGACUGUCCCAGCUAGUCAGACGUUUCCCAUGCCAGAAGGGAUGAGCUUUGAGGAAGCCGCUGCAUUCCUGGUCAAUUAUCUCACAGCCUAUAUGGUCCUCUUCGAUUUUGGCAACCUGCGACCCAACCAGAGCGUCCUCGUCCACAUGGCAGCAGGUGGAGUAGGAACUGCUGCUGUCCAGCUCUGCAAAACUGUGGAAAAUGUCACCAUUUUUGGCACAGCCUCUGCCUCAAAGCAUGAGGCCCUGAAGGAGAAUGGGGUCACCCACCCUGUUGACUACCGGGCAGCUGAUUAUGUGGCAGAGGUCCGGAAAAUCUCUCCUAAAGGUGUAGAUAUUGUCUUAGACCCCUUGGGGGGUUCAGAUACUACAAAAGGCUUCAACCUCCUGAAACCAAUGGGAAAAUUAGUCACCUAUGGUGUAGCCAACUUACUAACAGGACAGAGGAAGAACCUGAUGGCCAUGGCAAAAACCUGGUGGAACCAGUUCAGCAUCAAUGCCUUGCAGCUGCUUCAUCUCAACAAGGCUGUUUGUGGCUACCAUCUGGGCUACCUGGAUGAGGAAGUGGAGCUCCUUAGUGAUGUGGUGGCCAAAUUAGUGGCCCUCUAUAAUCAAGGCAAAAUCAAGCCCAAGGUGGACUCUAUUUGGCCCUUUGAGCAGGUGGUAGAUGCCAUGAAACAGAUGCAGGAGAAGAAGAAUGUCGGGAAGGUGGUUCUGGUCCCUGAAGCACCACCAAAGGAAGAAAGCAAGAAAACAGAGAACUAAAGAAAAGAGCAUGGGUGGAUUGUCUGACCUCAGACUUGAAUGAUGAAUGGUGGACAUCCAAUCAUAAGGUCAGUGGGUGCACUAACUGCUGUUCGAAUGAUCCACAAAACCUCUCGUCGCCAAUGAGAAUCCUUAAAAGGCCAAGAUGCUGCUGAUGGGAGAAGGGUGAGCCAAUGGUAGCAGCACUUUGCUAACACAGCAGGUUGUGGCAUCUGUCCCAUUAAUUCCUCGUUGGGUGGCUUGUGAGUACCUUGUGUGUUCAAGAUGCUUCCUUAAGUCUAUAGUGUUUGAAAAGAAGCUCUCUUGUACGUAUACACGCACGUAUGUGUGUCAACAAAGCAACUGUGCCAAUGCUGUUUACAUGGAUUCAGACAUGAAAUGCUAGUCUGCCUAAUGUUACCAUAUGCCUUAUGUGUAGUUUUUUUGAGUGUUCAUUAAAAGCAUAACAAAAAA